UACAGUUUGUGUUGUGUGUUACUGAGAUUAUGUGUGUGAAAGAGCAACUUUAAAAUUAAUUAUCUUAAAAUCUGAUGAAAGGCACUUAAAAUGGCCAAAGUUAAAAGAAUCUUCUUCCUCUCUUGGAAGUUAAAUAUUACACAUGUAAUGAUGAAAUCCAGGCAAAGUAUAAAUAGGCAAAUAAGAACCACCACAUGUAUUUGCUCUGUGCUUGUUAAGGCUCAGUAUCUUCUAACCAGAUAUAUUCAAGACUGAUUUUAGUUAAAGUCGAGACAGACAGACUGUGUGAUAUCUAUGGCGGCACUGAUUUGUUCCCCACUGCUAAGGUCCUGUGCUCGCAGUCUCAGAUCUGUGGAUGGAUCCAAACACAGGCAGACCUGGAGAUCAUGCAACACAAACUUGUUCCAGUGGUGCCGGUCACUUCAUGUGGACAGUGCUCCUCUAAAACCCUCUCUGACCACCAGCUACGUCCAUGGCACCUCCUCCUUCUCUCUGCUCCCCAUGACUGUGGGUCAGAGCCUGGAAACCACAGUCAAGCUCUGGCCUGACCGUGAAGCUGUGGUCUGCCCAGAGGAGGGAGUUCGGAAAACCUUUGCACAGUUUCAGGAAGAUGUAGACAAGGUGGCUGCAGGUCUUCUUGCUCUGGGCCUGAAGCAAGGCGACCGACUGGGAGUAUGGGCACCCAACAUAUAUGAAUGGAUACUUUUCCAGUUUGCUACAGCCAAGGCUGGAAUUAUACUGGUCAGCUUGGAAGCUGUGUACACAUUAAAAUGGCAUUUACAGCAUUGUAGCCUAUUCAGUUCAGUCCAAUCUUUCAGCUAGAUUGCUGGAUAAAUAAUGCCCCUGUCCUAUGUUAACAUCCUGCUGUAAACAUUUUGCUGUAAAGUGUGUAGGACUUUGAACCCUCCCAGAGGUGUGGAGACGUUUUUCUGU